AUGGCCCGAUCUCGAAGCAAAGGCAGCAGCCUCCUCCCCCUCAUUCUCCUCCUCAUUUUCGUCGCUGUCAUUGCCGUUGUCGGAUAUAUCGUCUACAGCAUCAUGCAAGAUGUGAGCAAGAACACCCGAGCCAAGAUGGAAAGGAAAAAUAUCGCCUUUACCAAAGACGGCAUGAAGGUCCAAGUCCGAGAGGUUCGAGACGAGCAGUACAAGGACAAGACACAGAGUGUCUUGGUCAAUAUGUGGAAUCAUACCAAUUUCCCAGCCUACAAGAGUCGUCUGUGGGGUAGUCCGGGCCAAGAAGCCAAGCGCAGGUCGUGA